AUGUGCAUUCAGGAGUCAUGUAAGUGCUUUAAGGCUCACGUCGGAUGUGGGGGUCAUUGCCUUUGUGUAGGAUGUGAAAAUGUUCAUGGCAAGAGAGGGGAUUAUAACUUCGAUCAUAAGAAGAUCGACUCUGAUGAGUUUUCAGUUCCAAGAAUGCCUACAAAAAGAAAAAACCAUGCUCAUAAAGGAUGCAAAUGUCAGAAUACCAAUUGCUUGAAACUUUAUUGUAUUUGCUUUGCUGCUGAACAUCAUUGUAACGAAGCUUGUUCAUGCAAAGAAUGCUUCAAUCAACUUGAUUAUAAAGAAAAAGUUGACAAGGCACGUGAAGAAGCACAAGAGCGAAAUCCACUUGCAUUUUCCACCAAGGAGGGUCGAGAAAAGCACAUAAUAGGUUGCAAGUGUAGGGUUUCAAAGUGCUCACGACUUUUAUGCAAGUGCUAUAGGACUCAAGUGGGAUGCCGAAGUGAAUGUCGAUGUGUAGGAAUAUGUGAAAACAUUCAUGGAAAAAGAGGGGAUAACUUUGAUAUGAUGAUGGGAACAAGUAUAAUGGAGUCUGAAUACAUGAAUCAGUUUAUACCUCAAAAUAUGGACAUUCCAUGCAUACAAUUUCAAUCUUCUAACCAUGACAUGAUGAUAGGAACACCUCAAGAUAUCAAUGGUAAUGAUCCGAGUUCAGUGGGAAGCCUUUCGUACACUGAUAUGGUUUCUUUAAAUCAGUUUGAAGUCAUGAAUCAAUUCACACCUGAAGAUAUCGAUGCUAGAGAUCUGAGUUCAAUGAUGAACACUGGAUCUUCCAACUGUGAGAAGAUGAUAGGAACAAGUACAAGGGACUGGGAUAUGGUUCCUAUGGAUCAACUUGAUCUGUUCAUGAAUCCGUUCACUACACCUCAAGAUUUCAUAUCAAGACAUGAUGAUAGGAGAAAGUAG